UUGAGCCACGCGAUCACAACUAAAAGGGAUCGGAGUCUUCGAGAAGGAUGGCCGGCGCGACGGACUAUGCGAAGGAGCUUCUUCGGAGGCAGUUUUUAGAAAUGAGUCGUAACCCACCCGAGGGCGUAUCCGUGGGUCUGGGCGACGAUGAAAACAUCUUCAACUGGGAAAUCCUGCUGGUUGGCCCGCCCGAUACACUGUACGAAGGUGGAUUCUUCAAGGCGGUGCUCGAGUUUCCGUCCGAUUUCCCCAACAUGCCGCCCAAGAUGACGUUCAAGUCGGAGAUGUGGCACCCCAAUGUGUACCCGAACGGCGUGGUAUGCAUCUCGAUCCUUCACCCUCCUGGAGAGGACCAAUUGAACCAGCAGGAGACGGCGGAUGAGCGAUGGCGUCCGAUUCUCGGCGUCGAGUCUAUUCUAGUGUCGGUCAUUUCCAUGCUCUCGGACCCGAACGACGACUCACCCGCCAAUAUCGACGCUGCGGUGGAGUGGCGAACCGACAAGGAUGGUUUCAAGAAGCGCUGCCGUCGUAUUGUGCGGAAGUCGCAGGAGGAUAUCUAGUCAGUCAGCAGCUUUCAUGCGCGCGGAGUCUUGCACUGGAACGGACUGCAACUUGUAGUUCUCUGGCUUUUCCGUCAGCGCUUACUUCAGUACUUUGCAUGCUAUAAAGCCAACUCUACUCGGACUCGCACUGCGACGAGAAGAGCGACACAGAAUGAAUCAAUGCACGUUUGAUAUCGCAGCUCCAUCGGCUUCUGUUUUUGUAAUGAUGCAGUGCAACUGCUAGCUUUAGCAGGCGAUCUUGGACUGACAGGAUAUUAUUCAAUAUACUUGUCUUGUCAUUUAAUCA